AGAGGGCGGCUGUGAGCCAUGGAGAAGAAGAAGGCCCUGCAGGAGGAGGAGGAGCGGGACCAGGCGCUGCAGGCCAAGGCCAGCCUGACCAUCCCGCUGCUGCCCGAGACCGAGCAUGACCGCAAGCUGGCUGGGCUGCUCAAGUUCCAAACGCUGGACUCCUAUGAGGACAAGCAGAAGCUGAAGCGCUCGGAGAUCAACAGCCGCUCCUGGUUCGCGCCAGCAGCGGCCACAGGCCCCGGUCCAGGUCCCAGCCCCGGCUGCAGCAGCAAGGCCAACAGCGUGCUCAAGAAGCUGGCCCACAGCCGCAGGCCCGCGCCCGCCGGCCCCACCAUCACCGCCCAGGACCUGGGCAUCGUGCGGCUGCCCAGGCCGUCACGGGAAGACUCUGGCGACAGCCCCCCACCUGCAGCUGAGACCCCCGAGGCUGCCAAGCCACAGGAGCCAGCCUCGGCACCCCAAGAUUGUUCUCAGCAGCACGUGGAGACUAAGCAGCCCAAGGCCCCAGCACCCAGGGGCCAGGAGGGGAGCUGCCGGGAGCCAGCCCCCGCCCCGACCCCGGCCCUGGCCCCUUGUCCAGCACUGCCACCGCCUGGAGCCCCCCGCGAGACGGCCCACCCCACCCCACCCCCCCAAAGCCUGGGUUCCUCCCUGGUAGCUGACUACUCAGACUCCUCAGAGAGCGAGUGAGGGCGGGGCGCCAAGGGACUAGGACUGCAGACCCCCGCCCCGCCUUCCUGCCUGCCACACCCCGGGGGCGUGUGCCUUGGGACACCAGUCCCCCCGCACACACACCUACAAGCACUGUCACUUUGCCCUUCCUCGAUGGCCCAGAGCCUGCCCUGCUGCACCCCACCAAGCUCCCCCUCCCCAGUGGUCGGAGUGCCGUGGGUUUCUGGGGUUUGGCCUGGGAUCCGGGGUGAGCU